UACAUAAACAUGAGAAGGGAGGGCAAAGCGAGGGAUAACAUUAUGGUAAUAGGACCUCGAGAGGCAGCUGCUUUGAAAAGUAGUUUGUGGAUGUAUUUUUUUGUUUGUUCUCUGUGUGUGCAGGCAUCAGAACUUACAUAGUGGCGUCUAUGUUUAUGUUGCCCAGCUUUUUGGAACGCGGAGAAUUCUGUCGCUAUUCUUUUUGAAACAAUUCGCUACUCACCGGCUUGCAUAAUAUAUGUAGAGAUUUUGGGGAGGGGGGAAUCAAAUGAUGUCGACCUGUCUGCGUGUCAACGGAUUCCGAUAUUUGAUGAAUCCCGCAUCGUCUCGUAUGUAGAGUCUUAGCCUUGUGUCUUUGAAAUAUAGAUCUAGACUCGUGUGUAGGAAGUGUGAGUUUUAAUAGCGCUGGACACUUUGUUUAAAUCGUUAAAUCUUGCAAGAGAUGUAUUGAACCUGCUAUGGUUUACAACGUUCUUAUCUGACUGUGUUUGAAAACAAGUCAAAAACUUUGUGGAACGUACACAAAGAACUUUGUCAAGUUACUUUCUUAGUGCUCAGACCUUGAGUUUGGGUGUGAUUCUCUUUAUUGCCUUGUGAUCUUUGAAAUGAACAUGAAUAGUCACACCAAUGCUAGUGGUGUCCACCAGCUAACCCAACAGCCAUUUCCAAUCAGUUUAUCUGGACCUACAGGAACAGGACUGAUUGUACAAAACCAGUUUGGACAACAGGCAGUGAUUCCAGUGUCAACAGCAAUGCCCACUGCAGGUCUGACCUUGACCACUGAAGCUUUGCAACAAAUUUUAUUGCAUACACAGUUUCAGAAGAACUUGGCUGGCAACAGUCAACAACAGCAGAUGGCUCAGAUUUUAAAUCUCAGUGCUGACAAUCAGACCUCUACCACUGGAAAUGUAGCACCCUUACGACCCAGCAGUCCAACUACAAUGUCUACCACACCUUCACUGUUUGUCACUCCAACAUCUCAACCAGCUUUACAGCAAAGCUUGGCCACCUCAGCGAUUGCUUCCUCCAUAGCACAGGUAUUUCCAGGAGCUCAGACUGUGUCCAUGUUGCAGAAUGGUCAGCUUCAGCAGUUUUUAGUGGUCAGCCCUACUCAGUUGAGCCCUACACAGUUGAGUCAGCUUGCUGGUACACAGUUAUUAAUACCAAAUCAGAAUAGUCUGCCCUUAUUGUCAGCCAAUAGUUUGAUGUUGAACCAGCGUUUGACUUCAAUUAAUGCUGCUCAGUUGCAACAACAACAGAAACUACAGCAACAACACCAUCAAGAUUCACCUAUGCAAUCACCAGAACAGAGCUCUUCCCCUCCAGCCUCACCACAGGAAAGUCCACGAGAAGGAAAUUCACCAGCCUCAUUUGUCUUGACUGUUCAGCAAACACCUGAAUCUGAAGAGACCAUGAAUAUUGACCUUGAAGAACUAGAAACAUUUGCAAAGACUUUUAAAAGAAGAAGAAUAGAACUCGGUUUUACUCAGGGUGAUGUUGGCCUGGCCAUGGGAAAACUUUAUGGCAAUGACUUUAGUCAGACUACCAUCUCAAGAUUUGAAGCCUUGAACUUAAGCUUCAAGAAUAUGUGUAAACUGAAACCUUUGUUACAGAAAUGGCUGGAGGAUGCUGAUGCAAUGUCCAGAAGUCCUACCCCGCUCUCACCUGGUGGUGGUUCAGGUGAAGGUGUAGGGAGGCGAAGAAAAAAAAGAACCAGUAUUGACACUGUGAUAAGGGUGGCCUUAGAGAAAAGUUUCCUGGGGAACUCAAAACCAACCUCUGACGAUAUCUCUCUCAUUGCAGAUUCACUUAAUAUGGAAAAAGAGGUAAUUCGAGUUUGGUUUUGCAAUAGAAGACAGAAAGAAAAACGUAUUAAUCCUCCUAGCUCAAGCUAUAAUCAAAGCCACAUUCAGUUACUGCAUUCCACCGGAGACUCCUCAGAAACCAAAACAGAUGCAAGUACUACCAACAUCUUGCUAACCUCUAGCUCCCAAGAGCAAAUCAAUCAGCUCCUAAAACAGCAUGAGCAGCACCAAGAGAAGCAGAGGUACCAAAGACAUUUAGAUUCAAAACUCUCUGAACAGGAGUCUACAUCACCCCAACAGCAGUUAACUUCAGACAGCGUUAUCAUAACACCUAUUUACUCCUCCAGUGAUACACUGUCUUCCAGUCCCUCCACAGCCUCUACCAUCUCUGGUGGUAGCUUGCUUUUUUCACCCUCCAUCCUGGACACCAGUGCCACCAACACUAUCCUUUCAUUGAACCAGAAGGUGUUUACACUUCCAACCAACAAUUCCAAUGGCAUCUCAUCUCUACAGACAAACUCACAGCCUUUGACUCUACACCACUCAGGCACCACACUUGUGAACAGUGAUUCCAACAGCUCAUCUUUUCAAAUGUUCUCCAACCAUGGGGAUACAUAGUUUGUUUUUAUAUCAGCACAUUUGUUGACUAAUUGGAUAUAGCUCUGCUUGAGCAAUAUUUCAACCUGUGUACAAUCCAUUUUUUAAGUAUUAUGGCUCUUAGAAGAGGGACAUUUCAAAUCAGUGUAUAACUACUUUGGUAAAUAAACUUGUAUUUAAUAUAGAUCUUAUCUCUCAACUAAAUCUCUUGACAACUUGUUGGCUGUACAGUAUUUACAUACUGGGUAAAUGAAAUUUCUCAAGUUGUAGAAUUCAUUUGGAGAUAAUUACUAUACAAAGACAAUGUUGGAUUCAGUUUAUUUUAUUCAUUUCUCUACAAGAGACAUUUUUUGUUAUGUUUUCUUUUUUGUCUAUUACUGGCAGUUCUCACAAAUUUUAUGUUGUGUUAACAAAAAACAAAAAAAAAAACAAAAAAAAACACUAACAGUUCAGUUGUAGGUCUACACUACUGACAUUUUAGUUGAUUUUUUGUUUUGUUUUAAUUUGUGGUCAUUUUGAUUUUAAUGAAAUUGAAUGUACUGAAUUGAUUUUACAUUCAAGCUAUACAUUGUUUUAAACAAAUUACAUUUAGUGUAAGGUUUCUUGACAAGAGCAAUUUGUUUAGCACAAAUCAAUUCUACUCUAUGUGAAGCUCAAAAAAUAUUUGGGUAAUGAAAACUCUUAGUCAUUUUUAUUUUCCAAGAAUAGGGACUUACUAUUUGUCAUUAUUUUGUUUGAGUUGAUAAAACUUAAAAGAGAAACAAAUAGGGCCUAUGCAGGCAAUUUUGUAAGUAUUUCACUUUGGCUAGGCCAGAUGAUGUCAUGGUUGUGCUGUGUUCUACCUCAAUACUUUUUUUUUCUAUUUUUAAACUAUGGCAUAUCAUCUUCUGAAUCUGUUUUAGGCUAUAGCAGGGCAACUUGUAUUUCUAUCUACACAUUUGUAAAAAAAUGAUAUUUGUAAAGAACAAUACUUGGUAAUUUUGUUAAUAAUUUAGAGCUCACUAACAUUGUUAUAAUCUCCUUUUAUCUACUGGGGGCUUGUAAGUUCUAAUAUGUGGUUCUGGCUUAGUAACAAUGCACAAUCAUCAUAUUAGAAUGGAAAGCAAAUUACUUCUCCUUCAAUGUUCAGACACAUAACAUGCAUUUGUAAUGAGUAUAAAAAGUACAUUUCACUUUGAGGUUUCUCUAGUAGAGGAAGGAGAGUAAUUAAUGAUGAAUAAAUAAAAGACAUUUACCUGAACCUCCCCAAACUCAAAUCUCACCAGAAAAUGCAAGUUGCCCUAGAGUAUAAACUUUGCAGACACAUGUUCUAAAACUUAAGGUAACAAGAAUCAUUGUUUAUGAUAAUAAGCAGAUGUUUUCAAGUCAAAACAUUACACCAUUCACACUAUUCUGAUACUCAAAUAUAGAGUUUAAAACAUAGUGCAAUUUUAAUUCAUUGUCUCAUUCUGGCAACACUAGAAAUUAUGAUGCAUUAUUACAUAUAUUCCCUGUUCAACAACUCAUAAUUGUACAUAAAGCUUGACUUUUUUCCCCAUUUGUGUCCUCAUUUGACAGAUUUGGAAGCAAGACAAUUUUGUGUGUAAUAAGUAUUCUAACAAAUCUAAUCCUAGUGCCAUCUAACCCAUUAUUGUAUAUAUCUCCUGAGAGUGUUGAAUGCUUGCCUUGUGAAGUGGAAGUAUUUGCAAUCCAAAUGUUACACACCAUUUGUUUGUUCUCUGUUCAUUUUGUUCAACAUGUUUUUGUAAGCAGUUCAUGUGAUAUAUACCACAACUAGCAAUACAAUUAGGAGGAAUUGAAAUUAAAUUGUCUGAACUAAUUGAAUUCAAAA